GACGGCCCGAACUAGGUCCCGAAUAGCCGCCAUUGAUGUCAAAUUCUCUUUACGUUUCUCGAGACGCCAUUCUUCCUUUGUAUGUUUAUUUCUUUAUGAAAAAUUUCCAAAGUUGCUUUGAAUUAUCUUCAUUAUGCCUCUCUCUUCAGCAGCUCGUCAGCGGUCAAUCCGCCUUGCCCAAGUUCUCGUCGGAGGUCCGGUUAUAACAUUCGGGGGUCUUACCUUAUGGACUCGGAAAUGCGCGUUUGAGCCUUUCGGUCCAGAUACAGACGCAUUGUUCAGACAUCCCAUAUUAAAGGAUCUAAAUCCCCGGAAUAAUCCUAGCACUCACGACUGUUGUGUCCGAAAAGUGCCGUUUGGGGAGCUGAGGCCGGAGCUGUUGGAAGAUGCCAGAAAGGGCGGGAGUGCUUUGGUGGAGGAGUUUUCGCGGGGGAUGUGGGCGGGAUACGGAUAUGGAAUUCAGAGGAGGAUAAUGGAAUUGACCAAGAGUCCUGAGAAUCGUACCGAUUUGUGGACUCCUGAUGAGUUGGGACGAAGCACAUAUGAACCUAAAACAGUUGCGACAAACCACUUUCUUGUCCUGGAUAAAUCAGCAACGUCAAUAACAUUUCGCGGCUGCCCUGCACCCAAGGAAUCUCCGUUUAAACCGCGAGACCUGGAUAACUUGUUCUCCUUGACAGCAGAAUUAAAUGAGAAGCGUAAACAGGCUGAGUUUAGACUCAAAGCCAUAACUUUUGACGCGGUGACGACGACGCCAAAGGAAGAUCCGUUUGGUGGCGUGCCGGGUGCGUUGCAUCGGAUUUACGCGAAGCUGCUUGUUGAGGCGGCUGUGGGAUGGUGCAUCAGAUAGAAAGGGAUUUGAGAGGGCGAGUUUUGUAAGAUAGAGAGAAUUGAAGCAAUGUGACAAAAGUAGUUGGGCGGCAGUAGCUUCUAAUGCAGUCG